AUGUCUUGUUUGUUGCCGCACUUCAAUUGCCACUUCGACACUUUCAGGACUCAUCCCUAUGCUCUUCCUACCCAUCUGUCAAGAACAAAAUCAAAUUUCUGUUUCCAGCCGCAAUGUCUCUUGUCUGCCACAUCUUCUUCAACGCUGCUUAAUUUGGAAAAGAAGUUGGUAUUAGAUGCUCCUCCCGAUCCCAACACGUCUUGGCCCUAUGUCACAGCUGUUGCCCCUCCCACGCAGGAAAACUUUAAAUCAACCUUAUCAACGGAAUCACUUCUUACUAAUGAAGAGGCUGUAAUAGCUGCUGCUGCAUCUGAAGCUCUUGCUCUUGCUAAAGCUGCUGUGAAGGUUGCAAAGGAUGCAGCUUUACUAGUAAAAAAGAAGCCCCCAGCAGAAGCAGAGUAUAAAUCCCAUGUUUCUUCGAAAUCUGAUGAUUUAUUUCUCAAAUGGUUUCAACAUAUGGAAGCGCAAGAUGGUGUAGCAGGGGAAUCCAUUGGUGCUGGAGCAGAAAUGAUAGAAGGUGUUGAUGUAAGCCCCAGCGAAGAGGAAUCUGAUGUAGAACCUUCCCAUGAGGAACUUGAACGUCUGCAGGAACAGCUUUCCGAUAGCAUAGCUGUAAGAUCUAGGCGCCAAACAGAAAGAAAAGCUAAAAGAGUCAGAGCAGCAGAGAAGGCUACCACGAAUGUUGCAUCUUUUAAGACUGGCUCCUCCAGCAGGAGAAAGCGUGCUUCUAUGCAAGAAGUAGAUUAUUCAGAUCCACUUCGUUACUUAAGAACAACAACCAGUGCUGCUAGGCUUCUUACCUCAACUGAAGAAAUCAAGUUGUCAGAAGGAAUACAGGACCUUCUAAAGCUUGAAAAACUCCAGGGGGAUCUUGCAGAAAGAUGUGGUGGUCAGCCCACAUUUGGUCAAUGGGCUGCUGUGGCAGGGGUAGAUCAGAAAACACUUAGGAAACGUUUAGAUUAUGGUAGAUAUUGCAAAGACAAAAUGAUUAAAAGUAAUAUAAGACUUGUCAUAUCAAUUGCAAAGAAUUAUAAGGGAUCUGGGAUGAAUCUACAAGAUCUUGUCCAGGAAGGAUGCCGAGGCCUUGUAAAAGGAGCAGAGAAGUUUGAUGGUACCAAGGGUUUUAAAUUCUCCACCUACGCACAUUGGUGGAUUAAGCAGGCUGUUCGGAAAUCACUUUCUGAUCAGUCAAGAACUAUUCGCUUGCCUUUCCACAUGGUGGAGGCGACUUACAGAGUGAAGGAGGCCAGAAAACAAUUGUAUAGUGUAAAUGGAAGACAACCUGAUGAUGAAGAAGUUGCUGAAGCAACUGGGUUGUCUAUGAAGAGGCUUACUGCUGUACUUUUGACUCCAAAGGCUCCCAGAUCUCUGGAGCAGAAGAUUGGAAUCAACCAAAAUCUUAAACCUUCAGAAAUAAUUUCUGAUCCUGAUGCCGAAACAGCUGAAGAACAUCUCCUUAAGCAAUUCAUGAAGAAGGACCUGCAAGAGGCACUGGACAGUCUUAGUUCAAGAGAGAGGCAGGUGGUAAGAUGGAGAUUUGGUUUGGAUGAUGGAAGGACGAUGACUCUGCAAGAGAUAGGGGAGAUGUUGGGUGUGAGUAGGGAGAGAAUUAGGCAAAUUGAGUCAAGUGCUUUUAAGAAGCUUAAGAACAAGAAGAGAACCAAACAUUUCCAGCAGUAUUUGGUUACAUAA